AUGAAAGAAGGACAUGAAGUAAAAACUGACCCUCUCGCUCAAAUCGAAAAAGCUCGUGUUCUUCAAGACUCCCGGUGCUUUGACGCAUCAUCAAUUGAUCCUAAAGAAGUAAUUCCAGUGAUGUCCAAGAUCCUAUACCUCAUAAACCAAGGCGAGGAACUUUCACAGAACGAAUCAACUGAAAUAUUUUUCAGAGCUUCUAAGCUCUAUCAAUCCCAGCACCCUCACAUUCGUAAGAUGCUUUAUCUGUUGCUUAAAGAGCUCAGUCCUAAAGAAGGCGAAGUUUUUAUGAUUACAAGUUCCUUAUCCAGAGAUGUGAGCACAUCAGAUAAUCCUUAUUACCGAGCAAGCGCGCUAAGAGUCAUGGCCAGGAUUCUGGAUCCUUCUUUGUUGAUUCAAAUGGAGAGAUUUAUUAAAAACUCAAUCGUCGAUAAUAAUGAUACAGUCAGCUCAGCUGCUAUGAUCGCUGGUCUCAAAUUAUGCAAAAGCCAUCCAGAAGUAGUGAGAAGAUGGGUGACAGAAGUCCAAGAAAAGCUAUCUUCAAAAAAUUUAAAUAUUCAUUACCACGCUAUGCUUUUAUUGUUCGAGAUGAAGAAAAAUGACCCUCUUGCCCUUUCCAAGUUCUUUGAAUUUAUGAUUUCUUCUGGUUUUAAAAACCCAUUGGCACAAGUUCAGCUUCUUAGAUUUAUACGAUAUUCAAUAAAAACUAUUCCAUUUGACAAGCCAGCGUUGGCCAGCAUAGAAAAAUAUCUUUGUGACUCACUCAAAAGAAAUCAAGACAUGAUUGUGUUUGAAGCUUCCAAAACUUUAGCUGAGUACGCUUUGCAGCUAUGGGAAAAUAAAAAUGUUAGCUCUGGGUUUUCAGUUUUGCAGCUGUUUUUGGCUUCUGGAAAAAAUACAACAAAAUUCGCAGGGAUUAAAACCAUAAAUCAGUAUGCAAUAAAAUGCCAAAAUUUAUUAGUUGGAUCACUCGUUGACUAUGAACCUUUAAUCACUGAAUCUAAUAGAUCAUUAGCAACAUUAGCGAUCUCUACAUUACUAAAAUUAAGCACAGAAAAAAAUGUUGAUAGGCUAAUUACACAAAUCACUCAAUUUAUGACAGAAAUUACUGAUGACUUCAAAAUCGAACUAAUUGAAUCCUUGAAAAUUUUAUGCUUGAGAAUGCCUAGAAAAAUAAAAACUUUAUUAACUUUUGUAGGAGACAUCUUAAAAGGGGAAGGUGGAUUUCAGCUAAAAUCUGUUGUCUUAGACACCUUACUUCAAAUUCUCCAAGACUUGCCGAGCUCUCAUGAUUUAAUAAUGCUUAUUCUUGCUGAAUUUAUUGAAGACUGUCACUAUGAAAUCCUCCAAUGCAAAGCAAUCCAUCUUAUAGGCGAGCUUGGUCCUCAGUCAGAAGACCCAUCACAACUUAUCAGAUUUAUCUACAAUCGCUUUAUCCUCGACAAAGGACAAUCCCGAGCAGCUGCAGUCACUGCACUAGGAAAAUUCGCUAAAGUCCCAGAACUGGCACAGAACGUAAAAGUCCUAUUAAAUAGAUGUUUAGAAGACAAAGAUGAUGAGGUCAGAGAAAGGGCCAGAUUUUAUUUAGAUUACUUAGAAAAGGAUGAAUUCCCUAAGACUACACUUCCUGUUUCGAUUGCACAGAUAGAAAAAGCUGUCAAAAAAUGUAGAGAUACAGGAAGAACUUUUACAUUGGAACUAGCAAGGCAUAUACAAGAAGAGCCAGAGGAAUAUAAAGGUCCAUCACUGCCAGAGAAAACUCAGACAAACUUAUAUCAAGGGAUAGCUGAACUUGAAAAAUUAGGAAAACCUCUAUCCUCUACCAAUAGUGUAAUUUUGACUGAAAAAACUGCAGAAUACAUAGUUACGAUGGUUGCUCAUAAUUACCCUUCAUGCUUAUUAUUGCAAUUUUCUAUAUCAAAUACUUUGCAUAACCAAGCUUUAGAAGACGUUGUGGUAAACUUGCAUCUUGAGUCUACACUUUUAGAACCACUACUUAGUGUAGAUGGAGGGAUUGAAAUUUAUCCAUGUCCAAGGGUAGACAGAGAAGGAACUGGCACAGCUUAUGCACUUCUCAGAAAACUUGAAGGAUCUAGAAAAGGAAGAGUUCCUACAACACUUAAAUUUAAUGUGUUGGAAUAUGAAGGUGAUGAGGUAGUGGCAAGAUUUGAAGAUGAAUAUCAGAUAGAAAGCACUCAAAUUGAAUUAGUUUCUUAA